GUUGUUUCCUGCUGCCUUUCUUCGGAGGCGAAAGGCAAACUGUUCAGGCUACGGGGAUAGUUAGCCGUUUCACUGUUUUUUCUUUGCUGCUGAAUUGCAAAGAUAAAACAAUCAUAAUGACGAAGCUGCAGCUUCUGCACCGCGCGCUGAACGAGCGUCUGAUGGCUGCGGUGGAGCAGAUCAUGGAGAUGGUCGGCGGUACGGUGCUGGAGUACGAGGAAGAGACAAUCCGGGCACGGAAAGAAAAUGAGGUUCUGAGACGGAGGCUCCGAUGGAUGGAGGGGGCAAAUCCAGCGGACUGGCCAGGCCCAUCAGAACCCAUUACGCUUUCCACCCCAGACGAGUCCAAUCCAUCCCGGCAAGAUGAGUCUGCCGUCAACUCUGGAUUGGGACAAGAGUCAGAAACACUUGUAAUCAAAACAGAGACUACUGAUCACCCCCUGUGCGGCGGCACCACGUUACCUCAAAGUGUUGAUCAGGGAUCUGACGUUGCUGGGACAAGCACUGGUAUUGCCUAUGGCUUUGCUGGUGGUAUGACCUGGGACUCUGCCCAAAGUUACAUGGCCCCUCUGGACUUUGAUCCAACUUCAGGUAACAGCAGGGUCAGGCACUGGAGAGGACGGAACAGAAGGCAGAGGAUGUCCUUUGCCUGUCCAGACUGUGGUAAAGUCUUUGGAAGGGAACAGAGGCUGAUGAUUCAUAUGCGCAUCCAUUCAACUGAGAGGCCGUAUAAGUACCGCCGGCGCAAGGCGUUCUUCUACGGCGACAAUAAGAAGAAGAGGAAACUGCAUGGCCUCUCUCAGCUAUCAAGAGAAAUUGUGGAUGAUCUGUCGGAUUGCUCUGAGCAGACCAACAGGAGUAGCGCAUCACCUGAACGGCUAGCAAUUACUUCACGAGACCAAGAAGAAGAGCCAGGUGGCCUGUCUACUGAGAGUGACCACACUAGCAGUGAAAAAGAACCAGAAAACAGAACUACCACCCAUCAACACAAGAAAAAGAAAGGAGAAAAAACGAUGCCGUGUCAUUGCCCUCAUUGCCCUGAUCGGGAGUUCGCUCGGCCCUGUCAGCUAGCCAUGCACAUGAAGACCCACACGGCUCUUGUGAACCUUCCCAGCCAAGCACAAUCAGGAACUGAUGAGAUAAUGGAUGCGAAGUUGAAAUCACACAAGAAGCAAAGAAAAAAUGCUGCAGAAAAGACGGUCAAAGUUGCUGGCAAACGUGAGUUCCGUUGUCGAAAGUGUGACAGAGUCUUCGCUUAUAAAGGCAGGUUGCGUUUCCACAUGAAGUCCCAUAAGACUGAAAAGGCUUUAUUAUGCAAAUCUCUUAAGAUGGCAGUCCAGACUGAGCCACGUAAAGAAGAAACUAUGGAGGUAGUACCUGAAACUACAGAAGUACAGAAUUUGCAAGAGCUAAAGAAAACGUAUGCCUGCCCACAUUGUGAUAAAGUGUUUAUCCGUGAAGGAUGGCUGGAGCCGCACAUUCGCACUCAACACAGGAAAGUUCGCAACUGCCGGACAAGAUCACAACUGCCUUACUCCCAGCAAUUGCGUAAGCGCAGAAUUGAGAAACAGAGAGUCACUGAGGAGUCUAAACAAAAAAAUGAAGAAUCAACAAAGGUCAGAGAUAAACCAAGUCAAUCAAGAGAUGAGUCCAAUCUAGUUGUUGCUGGUUAUACCCAGCAUUUGCGUAAGCGCAGAACUGAGAAUCAGGGAGUCACUGAGGAGUCUAAACAAAAAAAUGAAGAAUCAACAAAGGUCAGAGAUAAACCAAGUCAAUCAAGAGAUGAGUCCAAUCUAGUUGUUGCUGGUUAUACCCAGCAAUUGCGUAAGCGCUCAACUGAGAAACAGGGAGUCGCUGAGGAGUCUAAACAAAAAAAUGAAGAAUCAAAAAAGGUCAACGAUACACCAAGUACAUCAACUGAUGAAUCCAACCUGGUUGCUGAUGUGCCAAAAAUCACUACAGAUGAGGCAGAACAAAGUGCAGAUCUUCCUAAAAGGGGCCCAGAUGAAUCUAAGUGCACUCCUGAGCAAUCAAAGGAGGACACUUCAGACUCUGACAGAGAAACAUCAUUUACUACAAAAAUGAAGAGGAUGUUUCCCUGCAAAGUAUGUGGCAAAGAGUUUGUUCGGGAAAAGAAGUUAAAGAAGCACUCAAGGAAACACAUAGGACGUAGGUUGCAGGAUGAAAAGAAAAGGAAAAGAGAGCAAGCUCUAAGGGAAGAUGAGAUUUUGGAACAAGCAGGAAUGAUAAGGGAGGAGAAGGACGACAAUGACAAGACGUCAACAAGUAAUCACAACCUAAAUACGACACCUCAAGGAUCGCCAAACAAAGAGUUGUUACGGAAAGCCAAAACCAGAGGUCAAGGGCCACUACCCUGCCCAUUUUGUGGCAAAGUUUUUGCUUGGGAAAUGCGGCUAAUGAUGCAUAUGCAGAUUCAUUGUGGUGAGAAACCAUACUCCUAUCGGCAGCGCCAGACACGUUUUUAUGGUGACCUGAAAAGGGGCCAACUCCAGAAAAUCCAUAAUCAGGAGCCUCCGGGGAACAACAGUGACAAGUCUGAAGAAUCUGUGGGUGAAGAAAUGGUGAAUGAGGACGGAUCUGCACAUCUGAGCAGCGAUACAACCCAUGCAGCGUCUGGAGCUCUCGCAAGCAGUUCUAAGGCCACUGUACUGGAGGACUACACUGGCGGCCUUGGCCUUCUACCUCAGACAGUGAUUGAGCAGCCAACCACCUGCAAUAAAAGUAAUCAAAGAACCAAACCCGAGUUAUUCAGUGACGCCUUGAGCCACUUCAGUUUGCAGCCAAGGAUUGUUCUAGAGCCAAUUACGUCUGAAUGCAAGUACUGGAGCUCAGUGUCUGGAGGCUUAAAGUCAGGUCGUUCCAAAAGAAGUGGCUUUGAUCAUAAACAAACCUCACGCUCAGUACUGGCAGAUGCUGUUGAAGAUGAAAUUGUGGGUUCCAAUCUUUGCAUAAUGCCAGUGGAAAGCUCUGGAGACGGCAUCCAGAACAAGUCUGAAAUAUGCCACAGUGUUGUUCCUGAGACAGAAAUAGUCUCUGUAGAGGUUGGAUCUCCACAAUGUUAUUCUCAAUCAGAAGUAGAGCUUGAUAAGUUUGGGGGCCCACCGGCUGAUGAAUCCUCGGAGUUAAAUAACACAGAGAGUCAACAAAAAGAGGACCAUGACUGUUAUUUUCUUGGCGUUUCAGAGAAAACAGCCAUAGACCAGUUACCGCUGAUAUUAAUUGAUGAUGAACUAGAGCAGUUAAAUGCAAGAACUGCUGCUGAACAUUCUCCGUCUGAAUGUGGAAGAACGAAGUGUGAUUCGAAGUGUGAUUGUAAUAGCAUUUCUGCUAUGAAAUUAACUGUCAUGCCACAGACUAGCGGUUUAGAGUCUUUGUUCAAGGAAACUAGUUCUGGUUCCAUGCAGAAGAAAAUUGACUCAGAAUUAGUUUGUGUGGUCCUCUCAGAUGUUGAAGACAAUGUUGAUGAAGAUGUGUUGAAACCAAAGAAAACUGCCUCAGUGCCUAGAAUUCAAACCGAACAAUUAGAUGUGCGCAACAAACCUGGUGAAAAUCCUUCCAGCGACUCCAAUUUUUCAGCUCCAGAUGCAACUGAAUCCAUCAUCAAGACUGAUGAGUCCACAUGUAUUCAUGCCAAAUCUGUUGACUAUGCCUCAAAACAUACUGAUGUUGAGGUUGUAACAAGUGAAAGAAAUGAUCAGAGUAUCUCAAAUGAUCCACUCACCACAGACCAGAUUGCUUCUAUCACCAUCAAUAAAACAGACGACAACCCCAUGAGUUCGAUGGAGGAGAUGUCAUGUCAAACAUCUGAUAUGGUGUUUGUUAAUCAGGCAUCUCAGACAGAAGUUAAUGCUGAUAUGAAACCACUAGACAUGGAGAUUGUCAAUGAUGAUGAGAGAAAAAAUAUGAAUCUGGGUGUGAACAACCAGAUGUCAGAAUCUGGUCUGGAUGAUUCAACUGACAACUCUGAAAUCUCAGGGAAGAAUGAACCUUCUGUACAAAAUGUGAAAACCAAUGCGUUACUUGUGAAAAGUUCUGAAGAAUUCGGAGUGCUCUCAAACUCUUCCACAACCUGUCAAACCUCUGACAGUAGUGGUAAGACUGCACAAAAGAAGUAAAGCAAGCACUAUAUUGUCGGUUCUGUGGGAAGGCAUGAAGAAAGAUAGAACUGUGAUCACACAAGAGAAGCCGAAGUGGUAAAAGCAUUAAGUCUUGACAAAGACUAAAGGAAAGUUAUUGAAUGCUUUCACCAUUAAAAAGAAAACCAAGCAGAUUUGUGAUCAGGAACACUCAAGCCCUCCUAAUCUUGCCUCUUGCCAGAGUGCUGCCCCGAAAACAAUUAUUCAAAAGUGGAGGGGCCUCUUGUCUCUAAAAUUGACAGCAGCACAGCUCAAAAUGAUCUUAUAACAAGGAAGGGUACCAGAUCAUCCAUCAAACAAGACUACCAGAUCAGCCGUCUAAAAGAAGAGUCAAAGAAAAAUUGUCCAAGUUCUCAUUCACAGGUUGUUUUUUUAUUGAAUAGUAUUUUGUUGUUGUUGCUUUUGAUUUUCUGCAAUAUAUUUUACAUGUAACAAAAAGUAACAGUCUUUUAGUGUUAAUAUGCAAAGACUGACCAUACAAUGCAUUUUGAAUAGGGGUGUAACGUACCUCAGUUUUGAAGUCAUGGUUCGAAAACGAAACUUUUAUUAUUAUUAUUAUUAUUAUUAUUAUUAUUA